GCUCGUUGGGAACAGUAUCGUCACGCAACCCUCGUCUUGAGUAACACUUUCCCACGGGAACCUCGAGGACCACCACAGCUGAACCCGUGAAAGCGAUAAGGAGUAAGGUAGAGAGAGAGAUGGACUCGGGCUUGGAAGAGGAAAUCGCACGCCUCAGCAGGGCCCCCGCAGGUGGUGGGGGCAGCAGCGGGGACGGCGGACGCUCGGAACCAAUCCACCCUCCGGGUGCUCCGGCUGCCCUCUCGACGCCCAUCGUCCAGCCCCAGAGCGGCCGCCUGGCGGCGGGAGGCGCGGAUGGGGGUACUGCAGUGCAUCCCCCGCGUCUUCGCAGGGGCAGUUCGUCGGGGUCGAAUUCUGGAAACAACCUCAGGUCGCCGCAUAGGAGCGGCUUGGUGUCCGGAGCCGUCUUAGCGGGUAACAGCAUCAGCGACCUCCAGAUGCCGGCAGGCAGCAGCGGCAGCCCAGAACAACCGCGACGGCUAGGUGGAGGCUCGGGGGACGUGGGAGCGGCGGCGAGGGCGUCGUCGAACGGCGGAGCGUCGGCGGCACCACCCCAACGAAGACCAUCCGCCAACGGGGAAAAAAUGGCGGGGCCGGCGUCUUCCCGACCAGCCUUGAACGCGGAAAAGAUGGCCGGGCCGUCUUCCUCCCGCCCCAUCUUUGUAAACGGAGAGAAGGUGGCCGGGUUCGGAGGGGCGGCGACAGCAGCAGGAGCAGGAGCAGGAGCAGCAGCAGCGGCAGGGGGAAAGGGUGCGAAGGGGGUCACUAGCAAGCAGGAGGAGGCGUGGAAAAAGUCUGAGGCAGCGCUCAAGAAGAAGGAGCAGUCGGUGCGGAACGCGCUCAAGGAGAAGCAGCGGACGCUGCAGCAGGAAUCGCUGCUGCUUGCUACGGUGGAUAGGGAGUUGGCGCAGCUCGCCUUGAGCCACCAGACAGAGGUUAACGAUCUCAGAAAAACGUGAGCGGUAUGCAUGGCGUUGAGAACAGGCGGGAUAGGGGGCUGAUAGAGGGAGGAAGUGGGGUGCAAGAGGGGAAAGGGGGGAGGGUCGCAGGUUGAAAAGAGGGGACAGAGGAACAUGCGACGGAGGGGCCGAGGUGACGUAGUUAGGGCACGGCGUGAGCGAAACGACAGAGCGGAGCGAACACCAAUUUUGUUGUUUUGAUGUCACGGUUUCGGCUUCCACUUGUGGUCACACAUGACAUGUUUUGCUGUCGCACCGGAAAAAUGCCGGUUGGGAAGAACGUUGUGCACCUCAAUCUCGAGAGCCUGCUCGGUGUCCGGAAAAAGAGGAAUGGCUCCCAACCGGCUGUGCUUCUUACAAGCAAGCGACAGCAGUUGCAUCGAUGUCACGGGCUUGUAUCUCUUGUCGCUCGCGAAGUGAA